AUGACGAUGGAAGAAGAUAUUGGUGACAAGCCAUGGAACUGUUCGAAGAAAAAGAAGAAGAUGAAUGAGGUUCCAAUCAAGGUAGAGCAAAAAAUAAUGAGGAUUCUUGUGGUUUUUAUAGCUAAAGAGUUCAAACUCCUCAGUUUGAAUGGACUAGCCUACUGGAACCGUUUUACAAUGCAUACCAUUUGCUCAAGAUCACACGGAGUUAAAGAUAUUGUCUUUUCGGCAUCAUGUCAUGUAAAAGCAAUGCAGCCAUGGAAAAACCUCACUGUUCAUUGGCUAUACUUCAUGUCUCCAAUGCAUCUAUUACUCUGUCUUUUUUUUGCCUGCGUUAGUGUCUUGUGCCAGCCUACUAGUGUUGCAUGGCCACCAUGUACCGAAGGACAAAAGUGCACUAAUAUUGUAAGUUCCCGUGGGUACUCUUCAUCUGUGGCGGGCUUUUGUGUCAAUGGUGUCUGUGAUACAAAUGUAAAAUGUGGCGGAUGUGAACAAAAAGCCAUCAAUGGGCGUUGUUGUGGCAAGGGAAUAAUGAAUGCAAGCGGUACGAUUGUAACUUUCAGCAAUGUGUCGGUGGGAAAUGUGUCCCUGAAAGACCUGGGAUCAAUUGUGGUGACUGAUUGUGUUAUUGCCGUACUUACAGUCAAUGUUCACAAAAGAGUGAUUGCAAAGCGAAUCAGAAAUGUUGUGCUAAGGGUUCGAGAGGUCUUUGUUACAGGAUUGAUCUGUAUCCUUCUUGUCCACCUGGUUCUCAUUAUGUGUGAGCCAUCUUAA